AUGACUCAAAAUUCAAAUAUGAGUUUUUGUCACAAUUCAAAGUUUUGUUUUUUUAUUUACCUCAUAAUAGGUAUAAAAUGUCAACAAAACAAAGAAAACCAAAAAAUGUGCAUACAGUUAGAUAAAUAUCAUAUGAUGGUCUGUGUGAAAUACUUUAAUACCAUCAACAAUUUCAUCUCCUUUGCUCAAGUUAACAAAAAGUGCAAAGAAGUGCUUUCAAUGUUUUUUUAUAAUCCACUUCCCAUCAAAAACACAAAAAUAUUCGACAAUAUGACAUAUCAAAUUUUAUAUAACUCAAACGACACAACCGUUCCCCACGUGGAGAAGUUUAUUAAUUUUAAAGUUGAUUAUGAACAAUAUUUGAAUGAUAAGAAAUUCAAUUUGAAAUUUAAAAAGGUUUGUUUGGGGUCUUCCAGUUUUACAAAACGUCUUAAUGAAUUACUUCAAAAGGAUCCAAAAUAUGAUAUACCAAAAGAAGUCAAUUUUCUUAGGAAAUCGUGUUUUGAAAACCAAAUAAAUUUGACUGAAGUCGUAUUGACAAACUCAAUUAAAAUAAUCCUACAAUAUUGUUUUGAUAAUUGCCAAAAAUUGAAAAAUAUCUCCCUCCCACUUUCUGUCAAGAAAAUAUAUUAUUUCUUUUCAAAAUUUAUAAUGCUCAAUUCUUUGAUAUUUAGAGGAUCAAACAAAAUCACUCAAUUUGUCCCUUUUAGGUUCCAAGAAGUGGUUAACAAAGAGUGUAGCAAUGUCACACUUGAAAAUAACGAUUUACAAAGACUUCUUUCUCUUGAAUUAGCUCGUAAUAUAGAUGGGAAUAUGGUGUCGUGUUCAAUACCUUUAAAAGUGAAUUCUCUUCAUCAACAGGCGUUUAUGAACUGCUAUUUCCUUAGUAACAUACGUUUAUCAGACAAUAUAACCUCGUUGGGAGAAGCUUGUUUCAUGGGAUGCGAUUCUUUGGUAUCAUUAAUUCUUCCUCAAAAACUCGUCGAGCUCCAAAAUUGUUGUUUUCAAAAUUGCACGAAGUUGACACGUGUUAAAGUACCAGAUACAGUGACUUACAUUGGGGAUAAUUCCUUUGAAAAUUGCGCUUUAAAAACAUUUGAUUUCCCAUCCCAAACAAAUAGAGUGUCAAAGAGUUGCUUUCGAAAUUGUAUGAAAUUGGAAUCAAUAACAUUUAAAAAUUCGACACACAAAAUUUCUUAUUGUUGUGCAAAAGGAGCAACAAACUUAACACAAAUUUUCGUUCAAAAUACCAAUGAAAAUGCUCAAACGUUUAAAGAUGAAGGAUACUUUGUAAAACAAUUAUUAAUCAACGGCGGAAUGCAAAAUCUGUUUUAUUGUUUUGACAGAAGUAAUUUUAAAGAGUAUAAAUCAUUAUAUCCCGCUUACACUCGAUCAGGUGAAAUAGUCAAAUUGGUUUUAAAAAAUCUUGAAAAACUUAAAAGGAAAUGCUUUACUGAUUGUCCUUUGGAAUAUAUUGAUUUGGAUGGGAAUAUUGUGACUAUACCAAGAAUGUGUUUCACUUUAAAUAUGCUUACGUCUAUUAAACUUGGUGACCGUAAAAACUAUUGA